AUGACCAAAAUCAUCAAAACCAAAAGAACUCACACUCAAGCAGCCAAUAACCAAUCCCUCAGAAUGCACGCGACUAAUGAUUUCACAUAUCUCCAUACCAAGCAUACACAAGCCACUUAUUUCGUCCCUACUCAGCCUUUCCUCUUCAUCAUCCUUUUCUGUCAGAACAAAUUUCGUCAAGUACAACCCACCUUUUCCAUUUACAGAAGAACUCGUACGGCCACGAUUUCGCAUUCGACGGAAACAGAACCGACCGGAUUUUCCCAUUUCCGAGCGGUGACGAUGGUGAAUUGGUUUUUUCGUCCUUGGCCGGGCCGCGGAGCUGGAAGGUUGAGGAGAAAUGGAGGAGGUCUAGGUUUUUGGGGCGGAAAGGGAAUUAGGGAUUUUCACAAGGAUAGUGCAGACUGUGCAGCGGAGAGUGUUGGGGAAUGGACGGAGAAGCUGCUUGAGGCAGGCCUCGCAGGUGGUGUGGCCGCAGGUGAGGACGCGGGGGAUGGAUGCUACGGCGUCGUAAGGCUGCAGACAUACCGGGCACUCCGGUGGCUCAACCUCUUCCAUGGCGGGGACUGA